CAAAACUGUUGACGUCAUAUCUUCUCGGCGCGAGAAAAUGGUUUUAAAACAUGGAUUGGAUUGUAUUUCGAACGCCAACGCUCUAUUCACUUUAAAAGCACGUGCCAAAAAACUGCUCUGACUCCACCCUAAUUCUGAGUUGGAUAACCGGAACACUUCGAAUGCGGAAUGUUUUGUAUUCUUGGGUCACGUUUGACGUUGACAACGGUAACUAGAGGUGGGCCAACCUGCGAUUUUAAUGGAGCAAGCAGUGACAAGACGUGACUGCUCCAGUCGUAUCACUGUGACAAAUAGCAGUGAUUUUUUGGAGCAGUUUUACCUUAGUUGGCGGCCGUACUGCUAAUAUUUGUUAAUGCUACAUCGCAAUAUGGCAUAAUCGCAGUCCGCAGUCACGGCCGGGAGAGAUGUUCCAGUUUCUAGCCUGCCCUCUGCAGUAACAGUUUCUAUUUAGAGUGACCGCGAUGCGAUUUAUAACAUUAUAUUAUUAAAUUUGCAUCACAGCUCCAGUUUUGUCCGCGCUGCAUCGGUCGGAGUUUUAAGCGGGCAGUGACAAAAUUGUCACUGCUACUUGACUAGGACUGGAGCAGGCUGUGACUGUGACAGACAAGUAGUAGUGACAAAGUCACAGUUCGUGAAAUCGCAACCCACCUCUAACGGUAACGGUGACGUUUCAAUUUUGAUUUAGAGUUAUUUCCAAAAACAAUUUAUAAAAAAAAAUACUUCUAUUUUCACUAAUGUAUAAUCACAGUUUGUAUAAUUUACUCGAAUUCAAAUAAGAUCAUUCAUAACAAUGAACUACAACGCUAAUACUGGACCUCGUAACGCAACAUUUGGCAAAAAAAUAAAAAGGGUGAGCGAUGUUAACGCUAUGGGAUACAAUCCUUAUGGCAGCCCCAACCAACCACAAAAUGUUUAUCCAGACUUGGGGGCUGUAAAUGACUUAUCAAUGCAAGGAGGCAAUUUUCAACAACAAGGUUAUGGAAUUGCCAAUCGACCUUCGCUCGAUGGGGCCUUUACUAAUAAUGUUCCAGCGCCAGGAGUUAAUUUCAAUAACCCUGUUCAGCAGCCGUACCAGCAAAACCCAUUUCCGAUUACUCCUAAUAUAGGAAUGUUGGGACAGCCAAUGGUUCAGGAUAUGGCUAUGCAGUAUGGGCAACAGUUAGCCGGAGCCGGUAAAAACAUAAUAAAACAAGAAGUGGAAAAAUAUGUUCCUGUAACCAAAUUAAAAUAUUAUUUUGCCGUCGACACCAAAUAUGUUAUUUCAAAAUUGGCCUUAUUGUUUUUCCCAUUCACACAUACAGAUUGGUCAGUAAAAUAUGAAUCAGAUGGUCCUGUUCAGCCCAGGUUCGAAAUAAACGCUCCUGACCUCUACAUACCAACAAUGGCCUAUAUAACGUACGUUCUUGUUGCUGGUCUUGUAUUAGGAAUGCAAGACAAGUUCAGCCCUGAGCAAAUAGGUAUUACAGCCUCCUCAGCUCUGGCCUGGUGCCUAAUAGAAUUGGCAAUUUACAGUACCAUUUUGUACGUUUUACAAGUGGAGACGAGCUUGAAAACCCUAGAUCUUCUAGCUUGUUCCGGAUAUAAAUUUGUGGGGACUAUUAUUAGUAUUUUAGUUAGUUUGGUAGCAGGCAGGAGUGGAUAUUAUAUUAGUCUGCUUUAUACUAACAUUGCUUUAUCGUUUUUUUUGGUUAGGAGCCUUAAAGUGCAAGUUUUAGCUGAGAAGUCGGCCAAAGAUCAUUCAUAUUAUGGCUCAGCAAAGCAAUUGUAUCAACAUUUGACUAAGCUAGGAGGACACCAGAAAAAAAAUGGUGACAUCCUAGAAGUCUCCAUUGAAGUUGAAGUAGACUGUAACAAUCGAUAUCCAGAUGUCUCCUGCAAUGAACACACUCUUAAUUGUCAUGCUUUCGUGGGUCGCAAUACAGCUGGAAUAUAUGAAGUACUUAGCGACGUAAAAUGUAGUCCGAAAAUUGAAAUAACUGUUGAAGAUUUUAGCGAUUCCAAGACAAUACCUUUCGUGUCUGCCAUGCCAAAUGGCAAUGAAAAGCUUGACUUAAGCAAUGAAGCCCUACCACCAGGCCAAGGAAAUGCUGACUUUGUAGCUAUAAGAAAAGACAACAUUCCUUGCUUAGGCUGCCCAUUUGAUUUACAUACUGAUGCUGAAGGUGUAGAUGAGCUAAUCGACACUACUAUCAGGCAUAUUGAAAGUGAAAGAAACCAACGCCAUAAGAUUACCAACAUUAGACGAUUGCAGCAGCAAGUCGUUGCAGGAGUAAAAUACAUUCUUCUUGCUGACGUAGCAGCAACAACAUGCUCUAAAGAUGCUGAUAUUUCCGCUCCAUGUGUUCUGGAUAGCUCUGCUGAACCUUUAACUUGUGAAGUUAUAUUCAUUCAAAAACCUUGGAUAGAUAAAGGCAAACAUAUAAUCAAAAAUAACUGUACACUGUCUCAAGAGUUUGAGCCUGUGAGCCAUUCGAGGCCUGAUAGAGAUGACCUGAGUAAUGAUAUUUUGCCUCAUAAAGAUCUAGAUAUAGCUACUCCAGACGUUCAACCAAAACCAAACACACCAAAUUAUGACGCCAUGGCUCAAAAUGGAAAUAUAGAUGAACCUAUUAUAGAUGCUGGCCGUUUGGCUGACAUAGAGUCUCAAAUUUUAUUCGGUGGUAUGCUUGAAGAGGCUCCAACAAAAAUUAAAAGUGAUGCAAAUUUGGCUUCACCUCAGAUUGUCCAAAAAGAACCUAACAUAGUAACUGAGAAUUUUGACCAUUUAAGCGUAGAACCUUUAAAUAGCGAACAACCGUCACAACUAACAACCUUAUAUGCUUCGAUGCCUGCUGUAGAACAAAUCAAACCAAUCGUAGUGAUGUACACAUCACAAAAUGCCGAUAAUUAUUUCCCAGAUAUUAAAACAACUAUGGGUUCAUUUGGUGGUUAUAAUAGUUUUUGGCCACCACGUUUUGUUAGAGAAUUGCACAGUGAAUCUAGUGAAUCGGAUUCAAAAUCGUCUGAAGAAAAAGUAGCUGGAGCAAAAAAUAUUCCAACUGCUGAAAAAACAAAUAAAGAAAAAUCCUCUAGUGUCAAACCAGAUUUGGAGCUUACUACAAUAGAAGAUGUUGAAGUGAAUACGGAAAGUAUCAGAAAGAAAAGAAAUAUUGAUUCGAAUAGUCAGUCAGACAAAAUUAAGGGAAAUGAUGAUAAUAUGUCAGGUUCAAAAGAAAAUGAUGAUAUUUCCACAUCAGGAGAAAGUAAAAGAGUUAAAAGAUCAAAAUCAUCUUUUGAUUCAAGUGAGGAAUCAGGGGAAAAAAGAAGGAAACACUCAAAGAGUUCCGAAUCUGAUUCGAGCGAUGAUGACGAUUCUGAAUCGAAAGAACACCACAGGAAACAUAGACAAAGUGAUGAUUCAGAAGAGAGCACCAGAAGACUUAGUAAAAAGAAAGAUUCAUCAUCGUCAUCUGAGUCGAAUGAAGAUUCUGGCUCAUCAGAAAAAAAACACAAAAAACAUUCAAGAGCAGAAUCAGGUUCAAAUGAAGAUUGCCCCACGAAGGGAAAGAAGCAUGAAAGUACUGAAGAUGAUAAUGAUAAUGAUCAUGAAAAAACAAAGAAAAAGUGUAGUGAGAAUGCAAACAGCAGAGAAGAUAACGAUGAUAAUAGUAAAAUCACCUUACCAAAGUGUAACAAGGAUAUAUCUGCAUCAAAACUAAAUAAAACUAAGGAUGACAGUAAUAAUGAAAUUAAUGAAGAAGAAAAUGGUGACUCAACAGCUAGGCCAGCAAGAGCAACCCCAGAAGCCUUGAAAAGAAAACGAUCGAUCGGACAAUUAGAGAAAAUAUCUCCAGAUGAAAAGGUUAUUGUGCGAGACUUGGCUGACUUUGCAGCCGCGACAUUAGACAACAUAGACGACGACCAUCACAAAAGAGUCAUUUUACAAAUAUUAGGAGCCAAAAAGCUCAAACUUGAUGGUACUUAUUAUCAAAUCAUCCUUCGCUUAGGAAUAAGUCAUUGUCAUGAAAACGAAUACCAUGAAAAUUGCAGAGAGAAACUAUUUACCAACCAAACAAAAAUUUGUAAAGUUCAAGUGUUUGUAGAAGACGAUUUUUCAAAUCCAAAAGUUGUUAAAUCUCAGUGUCAAAAUAUUAAAAAGGAUGCUGAUGAUAGGAACAGGACUAAUUAUAGCAGAUAUAAGAGAGCCCUACUUGUAGGUGGUCAUUCACCCAUAGCUGCAAAUGAUCCUGACGUAGAGAAAUUUCUUGGGGCUACUUUGAAGCAUUUGGAUUCCGUAUCUGGAACCCCCAAUAAGCACACAACUGUUGAAGUGCUCUCUGCAACUUCUCAAGUUGUAGCAGGUGUGAGAUACAUUAUAAAAGCAAAAAUAGGCGUAACAAACUGUGGUGAAACUAAAGAAAAUCAACAAGGAUCUUGUGAGCUUUUGGCUGAUUUACCACCUGAAAUUUGUACCAUAGAUGUUUGGGACAGGCCAUGGUUGAAUAAGACUAUUUAUAAAGUAAAGUGUGCUGAUGAAAAAAGUACUGAAACCAAAACAUAUUCUUUUGGUGAUGAAGAAGAAGACAAGGAUCAUUCUAGGAAGAAAAGAGGGAUACCAGGAGGUGAAAAUAGUCUUCCUGAAUCCGAAAUUCAAGACUACUUGCGAAAAUGUCUCAUUCACUUAGAUUCGACUUCAGCCGAGAGCAACAAAUACAUUUCCGAGAAAGUCCUUAAAGCUACAACUCAAGUUGUAGCGGGUUCUUUAGUAAAAAUAAAAGCUCAAGUCACAGUUUCAAAUUGCCCUAAAACAUCAGAUAUGAAAGACUGUGUAAAAUUAGAGGGCAGUCCUAGCAUUUUGUGUAAAUUUGAAAUAUGGGAAAAACCUUGGAUGAAUUUCACAGAGACUAGUGUAAAGUGUGAAGAUAGGCCAAAGGAGGUGUUUAGAUCCAAAAGGGAAAUUGGUGGCUGGGAACGACCAGAAAGUUAUGAAUCAGAAAACAGUCACAAACUAAAUGAAUCUAAAGCAACAAUAAUUGUAUCUAAAGCUUUAGAGUAUCUUUCAACUAGCACUCAGCCAGGCAAAAUUCUCACACUGAUGAAAUUAACUAACACACAUCAUUUACAAGAGUUUGAGUCUGAAUUUUGGAAAAUCGAAGCUCAAGUAGCUCUUUGUCAACAAUUCAAGCUAGCGCCUUCAAUACAUCUCACUUUGCCAUUAUGUCCAGCUCAUUUUGAACAUUUCAAAUGCCAAUUUGUGGCUAGGAUAAAUAGCUACAGCUUAUUGGAGCAUAUGAAAGUCAAUAUUACUUGUGAGAAUGAUAAGGAAUCCUAUGUUUAUGACCCUAUUAAAAAAUCUGAGGAUGAAGCUUUGGGUGCAAUGUUUACGGAGUUUGCUAUUAAAUAUAAAAAAGCCUAUAAAGAUGAAGCUGAAUAUAAUUAUCGUUCAAAAGUAUUUAGAGAUAAUCUGAACAAAAUCGCCUUGUUGAACAAAUAUGAAAAAGGCACUGGAAGAUAUGGCAUUACCAGCUUCGCGGAUAUGUCAGAAAAAGAAUUUUCAAAUAGCCAUGGGUUGAGGCCCGAUUUACGCCAUUCAAAUGACCUACCAUUUGCUCGAGCAAAAAUUCCCGACGUGAAAUUGCCUGUGGAAUUUGAUUGGAGAGAAAAAGGAGCUGUAACUGAAGUAAAAAACCAAGGAUUGUGUGGCAGCUGUUGGGCUUUCAGUGUAACAGGCAACGUUGAAGGACAGUACGCCAUUGCUCAUGGCAAAUUACUUGAAUUUUCUGAACAAGAAUUGGUUGAUUGUGAUAAAGUUGAUGAAGGAUGUAAUGGUGGUUUAAUGGAUAACGCUUAUAGAGUAAUUGAAAAAUUGGGAGGCCUAGAAACUGAAUCUGAUUAUCCCUAUGAAGGGGAUGACGAAAAAUGCCACUUCGACCCUGCCAAAGUCGAAGUCCAACUAUCCGGAGCUUUGAAUAUCAGCCACAACGAAACAGACAUGGCCAAAUGGCUACUGCAAAAUGGCCCAAUAUCCAUUGCAAUUAAUGCUAACGCUAUGCAAUUUUAUGUGGGUGGGGUGUCACAUCCUUGGAAGAUGCUUUGCAAUCCCAACAGUUUAGAUCAUGGGGUUUUGAUUGUUGGAUUUGGUGAACACCAUUAUUCUUUGUUCAAUAGAACGCUUCCUUAUUGGAUUGUGAAAAAUUCUUGGGGUCCUUCCUGGGGUGAACAAGGGUACUACAGAGUGUACCGUGGCGAUGGUACUUGUGGUUUAAAUCAAACCCCAUCUAGUGCCAUAGUUGAAUGAAUAAGUGAUUUUGAAAAUUUAUAGGCUGUUUUUAGCAAUCUCAUAUGGCCUCUAUUGACAGGCAGUGUAUAUUAUAUAUUUUUAUAUAGUUUUUAGUUUUUGUUUUUGAAUCUCUAUGAAGAAUCUUCUUGAGUUAUUGACGACAUAUCUGAUAGUGAUAAAUUUGAACAAUUUUUUUUUAACUUAAUGUAGCUUAUUUUCAUGGGUAAUAAUUUGUAGGAAGGAUGCAUUAUACAAAAGCUUCUGUUUCAAAUAUUUUUAAUCUACAUUGAACCAGUGGGUUGUUUUGUUGUUGCUUAAAUGCCACAACAUAUGUUGUUUUAUUUGCUUGAUAAAAAUAAAGUUCUUUUUUUUUA